GUCUGCCAGGAUAUGGGUGUUUGUCCAACACACAGGACAAAACCCUGCGUUUCUUGUGCAGGCAGCAGGCUACAGCAAGGGGCGGUGGCAUCCAGACAGUGCUGCUCCCGCUGGGGUUGGAGCUGCUGCCGUAAAGGUGCUGGCACUGCACCUCCAGGCUGGUUGUUCUGAGCCCGGAGGCCACAGGAGCUGCCGAGGGAGCUCACAGCACUUGGAGUUUGAGGAAUAAAGAGCCAUGUGCUUCCUGGUUCUCACAUAGAGCUGUGACCUGCAGGUUGUUUGAUGUGGCCUCCACAACUUCCUCCUGCAGGGCCUGCUUCCAUGGAGACUGCCCGUAGCUGUGCUGGGAAGGGACGGCAGCACACGAGAGUGGCUGGUUAGGAGGGCUUGAGCUCUCCGUGCUCCUCAUUUCCCUCUGUGGUCAGUGGGGUUUGCCUGACCAUGCGGAUGAGCUCCUGGGCUUUGGCUCCAGCACCUCCUGCCAAAAACGUGGUGGUCUAUCGCAACGGUGACCCAUUCUUCCCCGGGAGGAGGCUUGUGGUGAGCCCGCGGCGGUUCCUGACCUUUGAGGCGUUCCUGACUGAGGUGACCAGAAGUGUUGGUGCGCCCUUGGCAGUGAGGAACCUCUACACACCCCAGCAUGGCCACCGCAUCGCCGCCCUGGGGGACCUUCAGGAUGGACACCAAUACGUGGCUGCCGGCUUUGAGAAGUUCAAAAAGCUGGACUAUUUACGCCACGGAAGGACGGAGCCCCGCGGGACGAGGAAGGGCGAGGGGCUGCGGCUCCGCGCCGCAGCUCCCUGGAAGCCGGACAUCAGAACGCGAUGGCAGAGGUGCGGCCACCUGCCCCGCACCAUCCAUGUUUUCCGGAAUGGGGACCUGCUGAGCCCCCCUUUCCCAGUGCCGCUCCCGCAGGGCGCCCCGCGGCACUGGGAUGCGCUCCUGGCCACGCUGACGGAGAGAGCCGCCCUGCGCAGUGGGGCUGUUGGCAGGCUCUGCAGGCUGGACGGGACCCCCAUGUCCUGCGAGGAGGAGCUGCGGAACGGCGGUUACUACGUGGCAGUGGGAAACGAGGAGUACAAGAAACUGCCUUACUUUGAGCUGCUGGUGCCCCAGGAUUCCGGCUGCGGGACGCUGCGGAACCACCCAAACAGCCGGCGCGGGAAGCUGGGCAGGAGGUUUGGUGACCUCCCUGCUGCCUCCCGAGUUGGUGCCGGUGGCGCUGCCCUCGCCGAACCACCCCAGCAGGUAGCAGUGGCUGCAGGAAGCGGUUUCUGUGUUCCCUGUGUCUGUUUUACUCAUGUUAUUGAGUGCAGGGAUGCAGCUUUGUCCCAGUUGCGAUGGGAGGUCCUGGGGGAAGCUGUGGGGUUUAGGGAGUUUCCCUGCCAAACCUUCUGCUAUAUAAACCGCUUUAUUGAGGAGGGUGUGAUGGACACUCUCAGCUGGGCACUCGCAGCGUGGGGGCUGCAGAGCAAGCUGAGAUCCCAGCUGCUUUUCCACAGCUGCAAAGGCGAGCCGGGAAACAUCACCUCAAAGGAGAAGAGUCCGUUUUCUACACUAAACCCAUCCCUGCAGGACGAAGCAGGAGGAGCGACAGGACUGCGCAGCAAGAAGGCAGUGUCCAUAAAACCAGGGAUCCUAGGAAGGAGACACGAGGUGUCCGGCGAGAGGAUAAACGCACAAGGGUGGAUACAGCCAUUGAUCAGGUCUGAGAAAGGAUUCUGUAGCAAUUGCUUGGGGAAGAACUUCAGUUUUCUCACUUGUUUUUGUCCUCUUUGUUGGCUGAGGGUCUAUGAUCUUAAAGGGCUUUUCCAACCUGAACAAUUCAGGGAUUCUGUGAGGUUUAGGAAGCACCACGCUUCUCCCUGCCGGACCACCAGGGGGAACUUCAGACACCAGAGCACAGUGUGCUCUGUAUUUUAGAGAUUGCAACCUGGGAAACGGACAUUUCCCUGCUGGAAUGUGAGAGUCGCAGCUUCCCACCACAGCAGGGAUAUCACAGGCUUCCCUGGAUGAUUUCUGUGUGCUAAUUCUGUCCUUACUGCUGUUCCAGAAUGCUGCAGAACUUACCCCAAAAACCAAACUGAGACCCCCUCAGUAAGGUCUUUAUUCCACGAAUGGUUCCGAGGAGUAAGAUCCCUCCUGCCUGCAUUCACAUCUCCUACACUAAGAUUAAUGCCCCCAAAUAUCACUUGCUGAGCGGAACUUACCUGUCUCCAGGAGAAGCUGAGAAGCUGGCACAGCCUGACCACGUCAUUCAUAAAAUGACCAAAUGCAAUUAUGAGAUAGUAGCAAGUUUAAACCAUAUUUUUUUUUGGCAGGGAAAAGCAGCAGUUGUUGGUAAAACACAGUUCUGUGCGAGAAAUGUCUGCACAGUGCCUGUUGUUUGUGGCGCACCAGUGUGUUAGAGAUGGGAUGGGAUGGGGUGGGAUGGGAUGAGAGGUAUUGCACUGUGGGUGAUUCACAGUUCUGCCUGGGCUUAAUUAGAGCUUCAAAGGAAAACAGCUCCUUUGAACUGCAACUAGGGAAAGCUCUGGAAAAGCAUUAGCUCAUGGCUCCGGACUCCUCUGCUCACUGGGGAGCCCGGUUUGCUCCAGAGGCUUGGCCAGCAUUUCUCCAAGGACUGGGCACUCUGGUGCAGCUGCUUUCCCUCAGCCUUUCCCCUGCCAGAUCACACCACAAUCCAAGUUGUCAUCACUUGGGUGUCACAGCGCAUCCCUGCAGGGGGAGAGAAUCACUGGGCAUUACGUAAACUACCUCAGAAUUUACAGUAGAGACCCCAGUUUGCACACCAAAACCAUGGGGAGACUGAAAUGGAAUCCAGGAGUUUAAUCCCAGAGCCUUUCUGUAGUAAAGUGUAUUGAUAACCGGCUUAUUUCUCACUGCAAACAGGCACAGGCUGCUGACAAAUCACAGAUGGAGGCAAAAAAAAGGGACACCAGUGACUCUGAGGAUGGAAAGCACUGGACGAUGUUGCCGUCGGUAGCAAGGAGCUUAGAGGAGCCCACAGAGGGAGAGUGAUGGA